UCAUUAUCUGCUCAGUGAGCUAGGGGACUUCACUAGCUACAGGUAGGAGAUAUGGAUAUCGCAGCUAUGCGUCAACUAGCGUCUGCGCUCUUGUUGACGUCACUUGUGACCAUGGUGAGCUCAAGUGGGUGUACCAUUGGACAAGAACUGGACCCAACUGAGGGUCGACUCAGGUGGAUACUCUCCACCCCAGAUCCCUGUAGCUGUUCAAACGUACACAUUGGAGGAGUGAACCCGAGACCGAUGAAACGACCGUACAAACCUGUUUUCACUGAUGAGCUGUUAAGGUCCAGAGAUGCACUCCGAUCUCAUUUCAAAUGCCCGAAUGAAGACCUGAAUCCAUGUGUAUCCUCACCGUGCCAAAAUGGUGGAAGCUGUCGUCGCGUCGAAGAAAAGGAUCGACUGUUCAUGUUCACGUGUACAUGCACUUUUGGUUACACUGGGAACAUCUGCCAAGAUCAUGUAUGGACGCUCAAAGAAACCAUAACCAACUCAGACACACAGUUAAAAACCAAACUACGAAUGCUGGACACAUGGGCCGACAUUAGAACCACUAAUAAGGUAAGGGUGUUUCUCCUGCGGAAUGGAUCACAAGUUGUGGAAUUAGUCUUCGACGUUGUUACAGGCAAUGCUUGGGAAUGGUUUCUUCAACAUAAUCUUAUCGAGAGCCCCCAAUGGCCAACUUUGAUGUCUGCAACGUCAGAUAUGAGUGUUUUUAUGUGGUUUGACUAUUACAUCAUCGUAUCUACAACUUCAACUACCUGGCCUGCUUGUGAUGUUCAAAAUGGUUGGAUGGCGAUCAUCGCAAACCCUCGGAAAGAACAUUAUGAGUGCGCAUGGAUGUACGGAUGGGACGCCCCCAUCGUCAUGCUGUACAGUCUCAAUGAUGCUCCAUUAACGUGGACAGACAUCGUUACUGAAAUUCCAGUUACUGCGCAUAAUACAUCUCUAUCGACUCCUCCUGGUGCUGCUCUUGGAGUGCCGGGUGUCAACACUGAAGUAAACACCGUUAAUAUCGCCGAAAUCGCUGAUGGUGAUUGUCACACGUGCUUCAUAUAUGGAUGGCAAACAGAUGUGUGGAUAUCGUUUGAACUUAACGAGCCAGCUGAAGUUGGAAUUGUGAAACUCAAAAACUGUCCGGGGUCUGUUACAGGGGAAACAUUUGCAUCGACCCACGUACUACUCGGGCAAUCUGAGGACAUAUCACAGGCAGAGGAGUGCGGUGUACCGCCCUCAGUCGACAUCGACAGUCCAUUCUACUAUUACACGUGCGCUGAGCCGAGGGUGAUGGCGUCUCACGUAUUCGUACGCAAACUGACGCAAUACGAGGAUCAGCUCAUCGUCUGCGAGUUGACUGUGUACACCGUGAACGACUCUCUGGUCGGGGUAGCUGAUACCAUGACAUUCGAAACAUCAAAUGAACUUGCAGGCACAGCCUAGUGCAGCCUAGUGAUGCGGUCGGGUAGUUAUUAAUCAAUUUAUGAAUAUAACUAAUGAAUAAAACAAGGCAUUGUAAGGCCACUUUUUGGUAUACUUCUUGAUUGACCAAUUCACCUUUCGUAUAUGUUAAAGUGUCACAUUCACCGAUAUUAUUAUAAGCUACAUAGCAUUUAGUAGUAAUCAGUUUUUAAUAUUCGAUGAAAUACACCAAUUACAUUUUAGUUAUUAAUAUACAGUAUUGUUAUUUUAUUGUUUUAAAUGUUUUCUGGCCCGAAAAUCUCAUACGGUUUUAAAACAAAAUCUCCUCAUCUAAUAUGUUGAGUUCAUUGCAUAGCUACCCUAAUCAAAAGAAUUAUUUAUCUGUAAAUAUUAAGCUCAUUAUUCUAGUGUUCUUAUUGCAGAAUGCUUGACAUUUUUACUUUAGUUUUCAAACAAUGCGUUGUAUAAAUAGGAAGUAUACAAAUUCUUGAAAUAGAUAACCAAUUUUAACCAACGUAAUUAAUACGGGCAUAAAACAGUUUUUAAAAGUUCGUCUGGUAAUUGUUUUGGGUUCAUCAACAGAACCAAUGUCAUUUCUUUAAAAAAUAACUCGAGAUCCCCCCCAUGUGGAUCUUAAAGGAAUAUUACAGAAUUGUUUUUUUUUUUGCUAACAAAAUAGUUGCUGGCAGUGUAUAAUCACUUUAUGUAAUCCACCGUACGCCUACAUAUUAACUGACAAACACGUGGAAGUUUGAGAUCGAUCGGCCAUCUUGAUCACGAGAAAACUAGUGAAAAACCGAAAACACUUUUUGCAUGACAUCGAUUUAAAAAUUAAAAAAAUGAAUAAAACGCUGAGCGAUAUACAGGAGUUUUAUUUAUUUCUCAUCAAAUACUAAUAACAUGAUAUUACAGAAAUAAAUAUUUCAGGGGAGGUUUUUUACUACCAUCUUCAUUUGAUCAUAGUCUAUGAUCUUAGAAGAGUUUGUUCUUACCAAUAUUUGUAAUAUAUUCCUUUAACAGAGACCUUUUGAGUACACCUAUUGUAUUAUUACUUUAAGUAGAUGGCACUUCUUGUUGACACAAAGAUACAGACCUCAAACUGAGGUUGUUUGUCCGGCGUGCCCAUGCCUCUGAUUCGCAGGCUUCAUAGGACUUGUUGGCUCAAGGGUAUAAGAUCAUAAGUUAAUUCAAUCAAAUAUUCCGGCGGAAAUAAUCUAAUCAAAUUCGAGAGUAAUUUUUUUCUUAAUCUGCGAAGGGGAAGUAUUUCGUGGAAACUUUAGAAUCAACAACUGUAAGACUAAGAAUCGGAGUGGCAGUAUGUAGUCAAGGAAAUAAUAUAAUGUAUAUAUAAUUAAAGGCACAAGAUCGAACCUUGUAACUUUUUCUUUGAAUCACGCUUAUUAAACAUUACUAAAUUAUUAUCAUAAUCUAAUAAUAAAACAUUGUAUCGGCAACGAUUUUACCUGUUCAAUUUAAAGGAGCAUAAGCGGAAUGCACAAGUCGUUUUUACUUCUAUCAAAUUAAUUAUAUCACUGCACAUUUCUCGUUGAAACUUAAGUAUUGGAAAUGCAUGUUGUUAAAUAUAGUUCUCAUCUAUUAAUGUUUAUGAGUGUGAUAGUAGAACAAGGAGUCAUAUGACGACUAUGUAAACCUUUAGAAGAGCAUGUUAGAACUGAUAUCUUCGCACCUCAACAGAUCUUAUCGCAUUAUUCAAGUUCAAUCAUGUUCUGUUUUUGAGCAGAACAACAUAGGUAACCUGAAAACGGAAUGGUAUUGAGUUACUAACAAAGUGCAUGUCCUUACGAUUCGGUUUGACUGUUAAUCAAUAUUGCAAACCCCCUCUGGUGAAUAAGGCGGUACAACUUAUCUGGUGGUUCUUUGACAUUUUAAAUUAUAAUGAUAAAGAUGGUGUCCUGAUAUCAAUUCAAGCCUAGUUGUGUUCCCGAUGCUUGGACUUUCCUGUUGUGACAUUAACGCAAAGAUUAUUAGUUUGGAUGAUGGGGCGUACGAAUGGUGAGUUCCUCACAAAAACAACAGCUUAAUGUGUAUGUUCUUUGUAAAUACCUAAUACCAUCAGUUCAAAAUUCUUUAUAGACAUGACAAUUCAGGAACAAACGUGUGGCGAAACAAACCGUAUAAUGUGGAAUUCAAAUCCUCAACCUCUCGCCGAUCUAUACGUUAAGAGUGUUCUGUCAGAUUCCAAACAGAUAAGGGUCAGUACACUCUAACGCCCCCCCCCCCUUCCCGGGGUCAGAAUUGACCCGAAUUCCGGACCCCAUUCUAGUUCAGUGUGACCAGGAAACUUUUUUUUCUUUUCUUUUUUCUUUUAACUGAUUUUUUUACACAGAGUCCGGGUCAUUCUAAACUUGGAAAUGGGUCAACUCUAACCUUGAUCUUGUAAGAAUGUUAAGUAAGUACAAGCGAUAAGUUGUUUUGACAUGAGGUUUACAAUUUGAUCCGUUUCCUUUUAUGUGAUUAAUAAAAUAAAUAAAAUCAAACGAA